GUUGCCAAGUUCGAGGCGGUCUUGAUUGGAGACGUCAAGCGGCGCUUCCCACAAGAGCUCUUGCUAGGCGCAGAGACAGUGGCGGCAAGGGCUCUGCGCGAAUCCCGCAUGCGCACCCACACAGCCAUUGGACUUCAUGAGGUCGCCCAGAGUAGGUUCAUCAAUGCAGCAGGAGAACCCAAUCCCUUGUCAGCAGCGUGCAAGAAAGCCAAUGAGGCUGGCCUCACCGAUAACAUGAAGCAGUACUUGUUGGCGCGGGACAUCCGGUCUAUGGCCAUGAUGGCAUCCAUGGCCGACAAAGUCGAGGAGCUUGACUCCGUGCUUGUUGGGCCCAUGGAGAAAGCCUUCAAAGUCAGCGCCAACCGCAUCGAGGAUCUUGUUGAAGUCAGUCACAAGCGUAGCCGUGGCAACGCCUAA